GGGAGGAUGGGCUGCGGGCGACGGCGCGGCGGCCCCCGAGCUCCGUGAAGCCGCGGAGACAAAGGGAGCGAGCGGCGGCGCAGCCGGGCUGGGGUGGAUGCGAGCAACCAUGAAAGGCUGCGUCUCCGCCUCCUCCUCCGCUGCUGCCAGAGAGCUGCUGGCCGCCGCCGCUCGGAGGACUACACUGUGAGGGGGGGCGGAGGAGAGCCGGCGGGGCUUGCCUCGCCGAGGCAGAAGGUAUAAGGGAGAGGCAGAGAUAAAAUGUCUUCUUCGGCGGGGCCCCGCGGCCCUCGGCCACCCACGGUGCCCCCCCCGAUGCAGGAGCUGCCCGACCUGAGCCACCUGACAGAGGAAGAGAGGAACAUUAUCAUGGCAGUGAUGGACCGGCAGAAAGAGGAGGAAGAGAAGGAAGAGGCCAUGCUCAAGAGGUUGCAUCAACAAUUUGAAAGCUAUAAAGAGCAAGUAAGAAAGAUAGGGGAAGAAGCCCGCCGUUACCAGGGAGAGCACAAGGAUGAUGCUCCAACAUGUGGAAUCUGUCAUAAAACAAAGUUUGCAGAUGGUUGUGGCCAUUUAUGCUCUUAUUGCCGGACCAAGUUUUGUGCUCGAUGUGGAGGUCGUGUCUCUCUGCGAUCAAACAAUGAGGACAAAGUGUACAGGAAUACUGUUCCUACUCAUUGUGGAUCACCAGUACCUGUAAGAGUUAUGUGGGUAUGCAAUUUAUGUCGAAAGCAACAAGAAAUCUUAACAAAAUCCGGAGCGUGGUUUUUUGGAAGUGGACCACAGCCAUCACCCAGCCAGGAUGGAACACUGAGUGAUACGGCAACUGGUGCAAGCUCUGAUGCACCGAGAGAAAAGAAAGCCAGGCUUCAAGAGAGGUCAAGAUCACAGACUCCUUUAAGUACAGCAGCUGCCUCAUCACAGGAGAUCUCUCCUUCCACUGUUCAAUCCGAUCAGAGGAAAGGAGCUGACGUAUCGCAGCCAGCUAUGGGCCUGGAGCAAAAGCAAGUUUCAUCAAGGUCUAGAAGUGAGCCUCCAAGAGAGAGGAAGAAGAUGUUGGUUUCAGACCAGAAUGGCAAAGUUGUAAAGGGUGAGCGUAAGCGUGUGCCAAAAGCCUCACUUCAAAAAGAAGGACCAGCAGGUGAUAGGGAACGUAAAGAAAGGCAUGAAAAUAGAAGACUGGAAAAAGGGAAGUCACAAGACUAUCCCGACUUGCCAGAAAAACUUGAGGAAGGCAAAGUGCCUGAUGAUGAAAAACAAAGGAAGGAAGAUGAAUAUCAUACUCGGUACAGGAGUGACCCCAAUCUGGCAAGAUACCCUGUUAAACCACAUCCUGAGGAACAGCAAAUGCGCAUGCAUGCCAAGGUUUCUAAAGCACGGCAUGAGAGAAGACACAGUGAUGUAGCUUUGCCACACACAGAAAUGGAGGAAGCGGAGGUACCUGAGAAUAACUUAGGAAAACGCUCACAAUUACAGGGAACUCAGGACAGAAAAUCUCUUGUGGAAACUCAGAGGUCGUACUCUAUAGACAGAACAGGUGAUGUAAGAAUUUCUGUUUCUAAACAAUUAACUAAUCAUAGUCCACCAACUCCCAGGCAUAGUCCAGUUCCCAUAGAGCACGUAGAAUACAAGAACCACGAUACCUUUAAAAAACAGAGCCGCCUUGAUCCUAGCUCUGCUAUUCUCAUGCGAAAAGCAAAGCGGGAGAAAAUGGAGACCAUGCUAAGGAAUGAUUCCCUUAGCUCUGACCAGUCGGAAUCAGUGCGGCCAUCCCCUCCAAAGCCUCAUAGAGCAAAAAGAGGCGGAAAGAAAAGGCAGAUGUCAGUUAGUAGCUCAGAGGAAGAAGGGGCAUCAACACCAGAAUAUACUAGCUGUGAAGAUGUGGAGAUAGAAAGUGAAAGUGUCAGUGAAAAAGGUGACUUGGAUUAUUACUGGCUGGAUCCUGCCACGUGGCACAGCAGGGAGACAUCUCCUAUUAGUUCGCAUCCAGUAACGUGGCAGCCUUCUAAAGAGGGAGAUCGCUUAAUUGGGCGUGUUAUUCUUAACAAGAGAACAACCAUGCCAAAAGAAUCAGGUGCAUUACUGGGGCUAAAAGUUGUUGGAGGAAAAAUGACAGAAUUAGGACGACUCGGUGCCUUCAUUACCAAAGUGAAGAAAGGUAGCUUGGCUGAUGUGGUGGGGCAUCUCAGAGCAGGAGAUGAAGUUCUAGAAUGGAAUGGUAAACCCUUGCCUGGAGCUACAAAUGAAGAAGUUUACAACAUUAUUUUAGAAUCAAAGUCAGAACCUCAAGUUGAAAUUAUUGUUUCGAGGCCUAUUGGUGAUAUUCCUCGGAUUCCUGAGAGUUCUCAUCCCCCAUUAGAGUCCAGUUCAAGUUCUUUUGAAUCUCAGAAGAUGGAAAGACCUUCUAUUUCUGUUAUUUCUCCAACCAGCCCUGGAGCCCUACGGGAUGCACCACAAGUCCUACCAGGGCAGCUUUCUGUGAAACUGUGGUAUGACAAGGUGGGACAUCAGUUAAUAGUGAAUGUUCUACAAGCAACAGAUUUGCCACCAAGAGUAGAUGGACGGCCAAGGAAUCCCUAUGUAAAAAUGUAUUUUCUUCCAGACAGGAGUGAUAAAAGUAAAAGGAGGACCAAAACAGUAAAGAAAAGUCUAGAGCCAAAAUGGAACCAAACUUUUCUCUACUCGCAUGUCCAUCGUAGAGAUUUUAGAGAAAGAAUGCUUGAAAUAACAGUAUGGGAUCAGCCAAGAGUCCAAGAAGAAGAGAGUGAAUUCCUUGGAGAGAUUCUAAUAGAGCUGGAGACAGCGCUUUUAGAUGAUGAACCACAUUGGUAUAAGCUACAGACACAUGAUGAAUCUUCACUACCUCUGCCUCAGCCAUCACCUUUCAUGCCAAGAAGACAUGUCCAUGGUGGAGAAAGCUCUAGCAAAAAAUUACAGAGAUCUCGGCCAAUCAGUGAUAGUGACAUCUCAGAUUAUGAUGUUGAUGAUGGUAUUGGAGUUGUUCCUCCAGUAGGUUAUAGAUCUAGCACUAGAGAAAGUAGAUCUACAACACUAACUGUGCCAGAACAGCAAAGAACAACACAUCAUCGUUCACGAUCUGUAUCUCCUCACCGUGGCGACGAUCAGGGCAGGACCCGUUCACGUUUACCAAAUGUGCCAUCACAGAGGAGUUUAGAUGAAAUUCAUCAAAUGAGAAGAUCACGUUCUCCAACUAGACACCAUGAGGCCUCCAGAAGUCCAGCUGAUUACAGAUCCAGAGACAUGGACAGUCAGUAUUUGUCUGAUCAAGAAAGUGAGCUUCUUAUGCUGCCCAGAGCAAAACGAGGAAGAAGUGCAGAGUGCCUACAUACCAUCAGCUCAACUCUUCCUGCAUGUGCUAAGACCAAAUCAGUGGUUAGACAGGAUAUUUCUCUCCUUCGUGAUUGCCUUAAUUCACGAAUUCCGAAAUUUGGAGAUGAUCUACUGGUUAGUGAACUACAGCCCUCCCUUGACAGGGCUAGGAGUGCUAGUACCAACUGCUUGAGACCAGAUACUAGUUUGCAUUCACCAGAACGAGAAAGGGGUAGAUGGUCCCCCUCCCUAGAGAGGAGACGACCUACUAGUCCCAGGAUUCAUAUCCAGCAUGCAUCUCCGGAGGAUGACAGAACAAGGACGCUGGAGUCUUGCAUUCCAAAACAGGACAGUGUAGACCACCUAAGUGCUAAACUUGGAGCAGCACAGAGGCAGUCCAGAAAAGUGGAAAGAUAUAGCAGCCAAAAACAAGCUAGGAAAGGCUCCGCAGCUGAAACAGAAAGGGGUCUGCUACCAUGUCUUUCUAGAAGGGGAUUUCCAGCCCCACGAACAACUGAACAGCCAGUCAUUAGGGGAAAACAUCACGCUCGCUCCAGGUCGAGUGAGCACUCUAGUGUCAGAGCCUUAUGCUCUGUGCAUCACCUUGCGCCCGGAGGCUCGGCUCCACCUUCUCCACUUCUGACAAGAAUACAUCAACAAGGAAGUCCCACCCAGUCUCCUCCUGCAGACACAUCCUUCAGCAGUCGCAGGGGAAGACAGCUACCGCAAGUUCCAGUAAGAAGUGGCAGUAUAGAGCAAGAACAAGAGAAUUAUUACUCUUCCACAAAAGCAAGCUUAGUAGUGGAGGAGCGAACAAGGCAGAUGAAAAUGAAAGUGCACCGUUAUAAUCAGACGUCAGGGUCUGGUUCUAGUCAAGAACAUGAGCGUGAGCAAUAUACCAAGUAUAACAUACAAACAGAUCAGUACAGAAGUUGUGAUAACGUCUCUGCCAAAUCAUCAGAUAGUGAUGUCAGUGACGUAUCAGCCAUUUCGCGAACCAGCAGUGCCUCACGCCUCAGCAGCACAAGUUUUAUGUCAGAGCAAUCUGAACGCCCUUGGGGCAGAAUCAGUACAUUUACUCCUAAAAUGCAAGGCAGACGGAUGGGGACUUCAGGGAGAAUCAUUAAGAGCACAAGUGUGAGCGGAGAGAUGUAUAAGCUGGAGCACAAUGAUGGGAGUCAGUCGGACACGGCUGUCGGCAUGGUUGGAACAGGUGGGAAGAAAAGGCGUUCCAGUCUUAGUGCCAAAGUGGUUGCCAUAGUGUCUCGAAGGAGCAGAAGCACAUCUCAACUUAGCCAAACAGAGGCUGGCAAUAAGAAGCUAAAGAGCACGAUACAAAGAAGCACAGAGACAGGAAUGGCUGCAGAGAUGAGAAGUCGUAUGGUUCGACAGCCAAGUCGAGAAUCCACUGAUGGCAGCAUAAAUAGUUACAGCUCUGAGGGCAACUUAAUAUUUCCUGGGGUACGGCUGGGCGCUGACAGUCAGUUCAGUGAUUUCCUUGAUGGACUUGGACCUGCACAAUUAGUAGGCCGACAAACACUAGCAACUCCUGCCAUGGGUGAUAUCCAGAUUGGCAUGGUGGAUAAGAAGGGCCAGUUAGAAGUAGAGGUCAUUAGAGCCCGUGGCCUCACACAAAAACCUGGCUCCAAAUCUACCCCAGCUCCAUAUGUCAAAGUUUAUUUAUUGGAAAAUGGAGCAUGUAUAGCAAAGAAGAAGACAAGAAUUGCACGGAAGACCCUUGAUCCUUUGUACCAACAGACACUAGUUUUUGAUGAAAGUCCACAGGGUAAAGUCCUUCAGGUAAUAGUCUGGGGAGACUAUGGCCGAAUGGAUCACAAAUGCUUCAUGGGUGUUGCCCAGAUCCUUCUGGAGGAAUUAGAUCUGUCCAGUGUGGUAAUAGGCUGGUAUAAAUUAUUCCCACCUUCAUCACUAGUGGAUCCAACCUUGACUCCCUUGACACGCAGAGCUUCCCAGUCGUCUCUGGAAAGUUCAACUGGGCCUCCCUGCAUUAGGUCAUAGAAGCAGGUGCUGCCUAAUAAAACAUCACCCAGGAUAACGAUUGGAACCAGAUAUUCACACGAUCAAAAACACUGUUGGAGAGAGACAAUCACUUCUGUUUUUGCUUGUAGUAGUUAUCCAAAAAUAUGUCUGAAUUGUUUGUCAAGAGACGGCUUACAUUGAUGGAACAAAAGUAUAUAACAUACAGCCAAACUGUCUGUCUAUCUCUGAUGCUUUUAAUGAUCCAAAGCCAAACAAAAAAAUAUAAAAAAAAUAAAAAAAAGAGAGAGAGAGAGAGGGAUCUUUAGAUUCAAAUUAAGUCAAAUAUGAGCCAAACUGGAAGCUCUCACUCUGUUAACAACAUUGUAUUUUUCACAUUUUGACAGAGCCCUCAAGCAGUGUUAACUUCCUGGUGUUUCAGAAGUUUUUCUGUAUUUGUUACUUCCACUAGUUUUUUGCCAUGUGAUUCUGCUAGUUUUGUAGAAGUCCUCACAACGCUAACAGAGACCCUUCCUUUCUUUUUCUAAACCAAACAAAAAAAAAGGGCUGAAGCAUAUCUCUGUAGGCAUCGUUAAAGUGUUCAGCAGCCAGUUAUGAUUCCAGCACGUUCAAAUCAUUUCUUGGUUCUGGUGCUUCAAAGUCUCCCAUGUGGGAACCCAGAACAAAUGACCAACCAAGGUUAUAUUCUUAAAAGUAACUAAUCAUCACAGUGCCACUUUUUCUUUGUAAAAAGCAGAUAUGUUUGCAUUAUAUAUACUAACUUUUAUGUUUAUGAUGUUUUGCAUGGAAGAAUUUUGAAGAAUUCUGCAACUAAUGCUGGGGACUGGUAUAAAGCAGCUUUAUUCUUAAUUUUGACAUAGAAUAUGUUACUGGUAAUGCAGUUUUCCUCCUAGAAAUGGAGAGGGAAUACUUACGUUUCUGUGUAUAAAUGUAUAUUUGACUUCCCAAAACGUUGACCAGGAAUGGAUUGAGCAUAUGACACUUUCAGCUGUACCCAGGCUUCUCUCACGUGUGUCGCUUCAGACACACCUGUCUGCCCUGGAUAGAGCAUGGUAUGAGUUGUUCAGUGUUUCACUGGAAAUUCCAGUUGAAAUAUUCUGCACUUACUAAUGUUUUUAUCAAAUUUUAGUUUACAUUUCUUUGAGAUUGAUGCAAGCACAAGGCUUGAUUUUUUAACGCAAGAUAUCUUACUUUUUGGAGAAAAAAGUCAAAUUUCAAUUUGCUUUUUAUUCAUUUGAGUUCUUCUUGGCCUUGAAAUCCCUUGUGAUAUCCUGUAAAUGUGCUAAAAACUGCAGAUUCUGCAGGUGCAUUGUUAUGUUUCCCCUCCUUUUACAGGCCAUUCGAUUUUGUGGUCACACAAAUAGAGCAGCAUGACUUGGAACUGUUCAAAGCUGCAUGCACGUUUUGUAAAAAGAGAUGAAAAAGGUUAUUUAAUAAUGUAUGUUAGUUCCACAUAGGCCAGCUUGUAUGUUGCAUGUACUUGUACAGUUUGCUCGUAAUUACAAUACUGAAGUAACCAAGAAAUCUAAGCCAUCCAUUUUUCUUAUAGACAUUUUGCAGGUUUUAGCCAGGCUAGGUCUGUGAGUCUGGUGCUAAAUGUCUAUAGAUGGACUUUAUUUUUUACCCUAUGGAAAACGUGAUGUAGUAUGGACCAAAUUCCUUCUAAUAAAUAUUUUGGUGUAGAUUCCUACUGUGGGGUUGUAACACAUGUAGAAACUGUGUACACACUAGGUUUUAACUCAUAGACAUACUGCCUGCACCAAGUGAACUAUUUAUUAUUAUUCAACACGUUGGAAUUACUCUGCCCAUCUUUCCAUAGGGCACAGAUUGGUACUGCUCGACCUGCUGAGCAGGAAGAACUCAAGCAUUGGUGCACUACUACUAGAUCCUGUUCUGUCUUAGUGGCCAAAAACCAACUAGUUAUAAUUCGAUAGUAACUUUCUAUUCUGACCACUUGUCUUAACACUCCCCUGUGCUUUUAAAUGAACUUCCAACUCAUAUUAUGUAAACAUGUUUAAUAAAAUUUCCUUUUCAUGUCCAGUGUAGUAGUUGUGCUCUCUGUAUGUUCUGAGGUUCACCUGUGAUUCUGCUCGCUGCAGGACUGUGUGAAAUGUGUUAAGGAACAGUAAAAUGAUAAGUAACUUCUAUGGUUCGUUUGAUCGAUGUAAUAUUGUAUGUUGAAAUCUGGGACCAGAAUCUGGGGCCUGGUGAAAGUUGUGUUUGGUUGACUGCCUUCUCACCGUGAAAGGAGCCAAACUGUGCUCUCAGUUACUGAAGCAGGCCAAUUAAAGUCACUUAGCCAAAUUGCAAUCUGGUGAAAUCUGAUCAGUUUGUUUGCAAUGAGUGUUGCUGCACCUGCUCGCACCAGGUCAGCGGGAUGGUGCAUGUCAGCUCAGUGUUUGGUGUGGGCCGAGCCUUUAAGAGGUGAGAACAACUUCUUACCUUUUGCCCUUUCUAAACCCAGAAAUAUGCCGUUGUUCUGUCGUGCCACGAUGGAUCCUGCUUUAUAGAAACAUACCUGAGAGCAGAAUUUGGCACUAAAUUUUGUUAGAGAAUUAAAGAUGAUGUAUGUUGUUUGAUUUUAGUUUUCCAUGUCCCACAGAUACCUGAUCACAACUGAAAAAUAACAUAAAGACAAUAUUGCCUCACUUCAAA